AAACGGCAAAGGAUCAAGGUGUCAUGAAGCCCACGAUGAAUAGUAAUAUCCUGAGUGUGCGUGGCUUGAAAUACGACUGCUUGUUUACUUCGGGCUCCUCUACACAAUCAUCGACUGUGUACUCUUCAGUUCGUGCCUGUCCAGGUCUACAUACACUCUGUGAAUUAAUAAACAGAACUCAAUGCCCUGGACCGUUCAAUUGGCUCCACAUUGUUGUUGGCGCCUGUAGGUAGUGUCCAUACCUCUGUUCCCCAUCGCCGUCAUCCGGUCAAAUGAACUUCUCCUUGCGCCCAAAGUUUGCCCAAACCCCGUUGUCACUCCUGGAUAUCUAUCAUCAUAUAUUUCACUAGCCAAAGCUUCACGCAGAGCUACCUAUCAGCAUGUCGGACGUUCCUAUGUACGUGACGUCGGAGUAUUCCUCCUCGGAACGUCGCAUCACGCCCUCAUGGUCCAUCGCCCAGCUAAAGACCAAGAUGGAGCCUAUCACGGGCAUUCCCCCUUCCUCGCAGCGCAUCACCCUCAAGACUUUGACGAAUGAAACCAUUCCGAUUGAAGCAGCGGACGAGGAGGCUACGUAUUUGCAGAAUUAUCCUCUGGCACCCUAUGCAGAGUUCCAAAUCACCGACCUGCGACCUCCCUCGGCGAGGCCCAACUUCAACGCCGCUGGCGUGGACAAGUAUGUGAUGCCAGAGGAACAGUACGAGAAAAAGACCGAUUCAGUUCUCGCGUGGAAGAAGGCCCAAAAGCUCGGACGCUUCGACCCCAACGCUCCAAGCCAUGAGCAGGCCAAGAUCGCUGCGUUUGCCAAGGAAGUUGAACAACGCGGAAUCGAGGUUGGAAAGCGAUGCAGAGUUGGCCAAGAUGACACGAGAAGGGGGGUGGUCAAGUACGUGGGUGAGGUCAAGGAGAUCCCGGGCAGCAUCGGUGCUUGGAUUGGUGUUCACCUGGACGAGCCAGUGGGCAAGAAUGAUGGAAGCAUUGGAGGAACUCGGUACUGGGGCGAAGAGUCUCAACUCAAGCAUGGCGUCUUCGUCAGGCCGGACCGAGUCGAGGUUGGCGACUUCCCCAUCGUGGACGACCUCGAAGAUAUGGAGGAGAUUUGAAAAAAGUCAACAUUUAUCUACUACCUGCACCGGCCCCCACACUUCGGAACCCCCACCUUCUAGCUACGCCAUUACCGAUAUCCCACCGGUGUAUUCGUUUCGGAUGCACCGAUCAGGCGGAGGGGUGACGGAGAUCCGGGAAGCCGGCGUAUAACGUCAGGUGAUUCUGUUCGGCUUGCUCGUACUUGGACUGCAAGGGUAGCGACAAAGAUGGCAUCUUUUUAUCCAUGAGUGCUUCUCUAGCUCAAGGCACGCCGGUCGAUGGUCGCCUCUUCUGGACAAGUUAUGGUCAAUUACCUUGGAACCGCACAACCUUCCUCUCCAUUCCCUCGAUGAGACAUUUUGAUACUGAUUGAUGAAUGAUGGAAGAGGUUUAUCUCGAGUUUCCCUUUACGAUACCCUUCCACCGCCAGUGUGCACCCGGUAGUACAUGGAGUUCAGAAACCAUCCGCUCAUCCACAGUGUUG